CGGUCGAUGUUGAUGAUCCACUUCCAAAGCAGCUCCUGUCCCUGGACAACGCUAAAAGAUGAGGUUCCACCAAUGUUCGUGUUGCUUGCCGUCUGCUUCGCCGUUGUUGUGGAGGCGGAGACCAAGCACGAACCGACGAAAAAACCGUUACUGGCCAAAUCUACAGAGAAACCAAAGCCCAAACCUACAGAGAAACCAAAGCCUAAACCUACAGAAAAACCCAAACCCAAGCCGACAGAGAAGCCAAAGCCCAAACCUACCGAGAAACCGAAACCCCCUAACCCAACGGAGAAACCUAAACCCAAGCCUACAGAGAAACCCAAACCUAAGCCGACUGAGAAGCCAAAGCCCAAACCUACUGAGAAACCAAAACCCCCUAAGCCAACCGAGAAACCUAAACCCAAGACAACAACUACUACAACUACGACAACUGAGAUCCCGAUAACUGAUGCUCCUAUAACUGAUGCUCCAAUCACUGAUGCUCCGAUCACUGAUGCUCCGAUCACUGAUGCAACCAUGGGUGGGCGCUGAUCCACUGAGAUGCGGUGUCAUGGUCCGGUGUCAUCCGAAAGUUGUCUUUUUAGGGAUUAUGGUGUCCCCAUAAUAAGUUACAUCUUUUUCCGAGCUUUUUCUUCUGUACUAAUCAUUUGACCUGAUAUAAAACAAAAACAAACAAAAAAUUACUAUUAACACAAUACACAUAUUAGCAGCAUUA